UAAAAAAGAAACAUUGGAAGAAAAAAUCAAAAAACUGUUUGACGGGAAAAAGAAAAAAGAAAAUGUACAAGAGAUUGAAAAGCCCAAAAAGAAGAUAGCAAACAACUCCAUGGCUCUAAAGUUUGAAGAACUGUCCCGAGCUGCGGAGCUGGAAGAACAAGCCAGAAAAGAUCUUCAAGAAAAGAAAAGAAUAAUGAAAGAAAGAACAAGAAACAUUAUUCACAGAUCGAAGCAAAUUCUUCAUAAAAUGUCGAAAGAAAACCUGAAAAAAUCGCAAAGUUUACUCAACAAUGAAAAUCAUAAGAUAACCAGGAUGAAUGUCUCGAGCUCUGAAAGCAAGGAAGAAAUGAAUAAAAAGGCAAUGCAAAACUAUCUUAUCUCCCAGGUUCUCUUUGAUAAGGAGGAGAAUAUAACAUGCUCCGGGAUCAAGGAAAAACAGGCGGAAGUAGAAAGCAUGGAGAAAAAGAUAAAUUCAGAGCUUCGGAGAAUAAAAAAUAUGGAAGAAGAAAGGGCUUUACGACAACAAGAGCAACAUUUUGAGAAUUAUAAACAGGAAAUGGAAAAAUAUCUUCAAUUUGUUUGCGAGGAGAACAAAGUUAAAAAGAAAAAGAAUAAAGCUGCCAAAAAAGAAGAAAAUUUUCCCAUGAUAAACCGCCUUAAUAUUCAAGAUAUUCAAAACUCUUUUGAAGAAAAUUCUAAACAGACAUUUACGGGAGGAACCAGUCCAGAUGCUGUUACAGUAAGUAAACUAGACACCACUAAGUUUCUUCAACCAACUGAAAACCCCGGUCCUAAAACCAAAGAGAACAUAUCUGUUAUAAUAGACAAAACUGCGUUAAAGAGAACAAUUAGUUUAUUUGAAAAAGAAAAGAAAGAGAAGGAGGAGCAGGAAAGGAUUGCUGAAUUAUCCAAGAAAAAAGAUAGACAAUCGACCUUUUGGGCAAAACAUUUUAUGAAUAAACCACAGAAGAGUUCGGAUUUAGCAGAAAAAGAUCAUUCACUUGAAAAGUCCGAUCUUGAAGAAAAUGCGAUCCUUCAAGAUUCUGAGGUUUUAUGUGAGGCGGGAGAAAGCAUAAGAGAAAAUGGAAUGAGAAAAAAUGACGUAGAAAAAAUGAAAAGUUUGGAAUUAAAAAGACUAAAAAAUGUUGAAGAAGAACGGAUAUUAAGGCAACAAGAGGAGAAUUUUGAGCUUUAUAAACAAGAAAUGGAAAAAUAUCUUCAGUUUGUUUGUAAAGAAAAUAAAAUAAAAAAUAAAAAGAAGAAAGUAGCAGAGAAAGAUGAACCAACAACUAUAAACCGUCUCAAUAUACAAGACAUUCAAAAUUCAUUUGAAGAACAUUUAAAACAAAGCUUAAAAACUCCAACAAGUCCUGAUAGGAUAACCGUAAACAAACUUGAUCCUACAAAAUUCCUCCAACAAGAUGAAAGUUCAGCUCCCAAAAAGAAGGAAUAUGUUCCAGUGAUCAUUGAUAAAGCUGCUUUCGAGAGAACGGUUGGAAUUUUUGAAAAUGAAAAUAAAGAAGAAGAGGAACAGGACAAAUAUGUUUCUUUAUCUAAGAAAGUUGUAGACUUGAAUUUAUCUAAAUCUGAUUUUGAAAAAACAAUUCGUUUAUUUGAGAAAGAAAAAAGAGAGGAAGCAGAGAGAGAAUUGUUAAACUCAAUUAAUAAAAAACUUGAGGGAAAAAAAUCUAAUUUUUGGGCAAAGCAUUUUCAGAGUAAAUGCCAGAAAGCUAGCAAAGAAUCUGGUUCUGUUGUUUCUGGAGAAUUCGAUGAUACUAAUCCUACAAAUGAAAAUACAGAUCUCGAAAUUGAUGAAGAUGAUGAGCCAAUAUUCAAGAAACACAACUUUGAAGUAGAAAAUAUGGAGAAAAAAAUUACGUCCGAAUUAAAAAGACUCAAAAAUGUUGAAGAAGAACAGAUAUUAAAACAGCAAGAGGAGAACUUUGAGCUUUAUAAACAAGAAAUGGAAAAAUAUCUUCAGUUUGUUUGUGAAGAAAAUAAAAUAAAAAAUAAAAAGAAGAAAGUAGCAGAGAAAGAUGAACCAACAGCUAUAAACCGUCUCAAUAUUCAAGACAUUCAAAAUUCAUUUGAAGAACAUUUAAAACAAAGUUUAAAAACUCCAACAAGUCCUGAUAGGAUAACCGUAAACAAACUUGAUCCUACAAAAUUCCUCCAACAAGGUGAAAACUCUGCAACAAAACAAAAAGAAAAUAUUCAAGUAAUAAUUGAUAAAGCGGCGUUUGAACGUACUUUGGAGGUUUUUAAAAAAGAGAAAAAAGAUGGAGAGAGUAAAAAAUCUUUAUCGUCGAAUAAAGAAGAUCAAAAAUCUAACUUUUGGGAGAAGCAUUUUAUGAAUAGGUCUGAGAGUAAACCUGAUUUACUUGAAAGUAUAAAACCUAAGGAUCCAAAACCUCCUUUAAAAUCUGUGAAACCAAGCGAUGCAGAAAGAGAGAAAAGUUCUGUGAAACAACUGUUAGAAGAUCCCAUAAAGAAAGUUGACUCCUAUUCUAGAAAGAUUUACAACUCUAUAAGCGGGAGUAAAGAUUGUUUAACUGAAAACUUGUCCAAACAAAGAUUAAGCAUUGCACCACAGCAACCUGCUCCAAGAUUAAACCAGUUUAUUAAACCAACCCGGCCUCUCCCAUCAGAGAACGAGGAUUUAGAAGAUAUAUCAGAUUCUGACGGAGAACUUGAAGAAUAUAAACAACAGUUGAAGGAACAAUAUGCAUACUUGGAUCUAAUCCAUUCCAGUCGGGAAUCAACCCCGGAGAAAAACCAAAGAAAAACUGGUUCUUUCUCCAGUCUAAUGAACAUUCUUCAGACCAUGAAGAAAUCAAAAAUUUCCCAGAAAUAUACAGAUUCCAAGUCUAGAGUGCUAAAUUUCUCUGACUCCAAGCCUGGAAUGAGUAGGUCGGAGAUGGAUUUACCAACCGUCUCCGGAUCCUGCUCCAAUAUAAAGCAGAUGUUUGACUCCGGUAGUAUAUUCUCCAGUACCAGGAGAAGCAGCGUUGAUCAGGACUUUAGGGACGUGAUUCCUGAGAGAAAGAAGGAUUUCAAAUCCUUUUUAACCUCAACAUUUGAAGGGAAGGAGAAAAUUAAACCCAGGAACUUUGAUGAUGAUUCGGAUUCAAGUAGUGAGGAUUUAAUUCCAAAGUUGAGGCAAAAAUCUAAUAAAUCUGAGAUUUCUGAAGAAGAUUUUAAUGGUUCUCAAACCAUCAGCUCUGAACUCCAAGCAUUAAGAAAAUGUUCUGUAAUGAAGGGGUUUAAUAAACUAGACAAGGGGAGCAGUCAGAUUAAUGAAUCAAGGACUAGACCUGGCCCCGUCAUGAGGAGGUCAAACAGCUGUGUUGGUAUACCAGGAGAGAUGCUAAAGGUUGACCUCGAUGAAAAAACCCUAACCGACCUCUCAGCCUCCAACCGAAUGGUAAAGGCCAUGUUUGAAACCUCUGCUCCGAAAUAUAAAUUCGGAGGCUCCGGAAUAAUUCACAAAGAUUCGGAAAUUCAAAGCAAUAAAAAAGUUCUCCCUCCGAAAUCCCAAGAAAAUAGAAAAUGGGUUCUGGAUUCAAUCAAUAAAUAUUUUGAUGUUAUUGCUGAAGAAGAAGAUGAUGAAGAUGAAGAUGAAAGUGAGUAUGAGGAAAGCUCCGAGAUCGAAGAACCUCCUCCAACUAAAGUGGAGGCAGAGUCCUCCUACAAGUCGUCCUCCAAAAUGAGAGGAUUACUAUGCUCUGUAGCCUCCAGACUGACCGGCAGUGUGAGUAACCUGUCAGCUGGUGACGUCAUACAAACUCUCAAGAAGAAUCUUGGUAGUCAGAUAAGUCUUAGAGCAUCUAAUAAGGAUCUUUCUCAACUAUAGUCAAUAUAUUGUAAAUAGUCCAGAAUAAAGUGUUAUUAGAUAAUUCUUAUUAAAUUUAUUUUUCUCACAAUUAUAUUAUGAUAUUAGUCAAUAUUUCGUAUAUAACUCAGAUGAUAGUUUUACGAGAUUGUAA